GUGAGGGGGUCCCGAGCCGUUGCUGUGCUCUGCGUUUUCUCCUUCCUUCUCCCUUCCGAAUCCAGCAGAAGAGGAGUGAAGGGUGGGGAGCAAAGAUAUAGGAGAGAGAAGGGGGAAAAGCUGCGCCGCCGCCGUGAUUCUUCACCGUCGGGCGCUGCAUUCCUCGCCGCUAAAGAUCUUGGCGUAACUCCUCUCCGCUGCACCGGGCCGCAUUGCGCGUCUCCGGCGUCGAAAAUCCGGCUCGAAUCGUCUGUCGUUUGCGGACGGGGAUUCGUUGGUUUCUUGGUCGUUUUCGCCGAUUCUGCUGCCGUUUGGGGGUUGAGAGAUUCGCCGGAGCUGGGAGGCGAAUUCCUUGGCGUUUGGCGGUUUCUUCCUGCCUCCGUUAGUCCUAGGAGGUUCAGAUCAGGGCCGUGUGGUACUGAGUUGGUGGCUUCUUUUCAGAUAGCAUACAUCGGGAACGCACUUCAUUUCUGGUGAAAAGGGCCUUCAGAUUCUUGCGCCUGAAAAGGCACAAGAACUUCCUUGAGAUGAUGUAGUGAUCUUUACUCCCAAUUGAUCCUCCGUACAGUGAUACAUCAAGAUGGAGCAAAUUUCACUGGGGAAUCGGUACAAGGAGUGCAGGCCACGAAGAAGUAGCAACUGUCGAACUCAAAUAUUUGUUGGGAAAGAUGUGAUGAAAGAACUUGAGCAAAGGCGUUCAUCGCCCAGUUUGAUUGCAAAACUGAUGGGAAUCGAUGUACUGCCACCUUCUAGUGUAGUCCAUAGUCGGCAUCAAGAAUUUAAGGAUGUCUUUGAAGUGACAGAGGAGCCACCAGAGGCUGUCACAAAAGAGAGGUCCCAUCAUUUCUCUAAAGGCUUGCCCAGUUUGAGACAAAGCGCGCUAAAAUUAAAAAAGCUUAUGCCAUCAAAGACACUCUAUAGAGAUGAUACAUUUUAUAGCAAUGUGGAGUGCACAGAUGGCCUGGAUAGUUUGAAUUCAGUGGAAAUAAACAAUCCUUUGUUUGAGAAGCGCCCUCACGACAUGAACUAUUCUCCAAAAUAUCAGUAUGAGAAAGAUAAUGCAAGAGCUUGCAGGAAGUAUCCUGUGGGUUUAGCUAAUUCCUCACUCGGCGAUUUCAGAAAUUUAUUGAGAAGAAAGAAUGAGGAUUUCAGCAGCAUUGUUGUUUUGGAACCAAGCUUGGAAAAAGGCCAUGAUCCAGAAAACGUUUUUUCCAUUCCAUACCUUUCUCCUCUUAAUAAGAGCUGCAGGAGAGGCAUGAAACAUGAACAAUCUGAGUUUCCUGUGAUGGAUGAUGAAAGAGUUCCGCAACAUCUUUUAGGUACUGAAGAUGUUAAUGUGCCGAGAAAUAUAAGGGAAAGAUACUUGACUAGCGAUUUCAUUGAUCCACUAAAUGGACAGGAAGCAUCCUUCUGUCAAUUCAGCACGAUAGAUAUGAGUUGUUCUGGAUCAUCUCAGAAGUAUUCUAGUGGGAACGGUACCUUCAGGCAAAGCAAAAGGUCAUCAUCAAAUAGAUCGCCGUUGAAAAUACGCCAGCAGUAUGAGGAAUCUGCUCUUGGAUCGAAAACUCUUGCAGAAAUGUUCGCUUUAUCCGAUUACGAAAGACUGAAACUAAACUCAGACUCACAUGCUCAGAUUCGACACAAUAAAUUUGACCAGGACAAUGGUCAUAACAAGGAAGGAUGCUUUAUAGUUUUACCUAAGCACGCACCUUCAUUGUCUCUUCAAAGCUCUUCGGACAAGAAUUCUUGCUUCGAAGGACCCCAUCAUGGUACAAACAAUCCUACAUCCAGUAGUUACAGCAAUGGUAUGUUUCACUUCGAUGAUAAACCAAGACUGCUGAAGCAAAUUGGCAACACCAGCGAAGAUAACGUGAGGAAUGCUUCCGGUUUCAAACAUAUUAUGGCUGACAACUUCUCAACUUCUGACUGCUUAAAUGAGAAAGUAUUGUUCACAACAGAUGAGGACUUAGUGCAACAACCUGCUGAAACUAAACCUUCAGUGUUUGACUCACAGUUAUGUAGGAAACAAAAGGUGACAAGAUUACCUUUCCACUGUCAUGAGUAUGAAUCAAUCCCUCUUUUGGAUCAUGCUGAUGGAGCAAAGUCUUUUAAACGCUUAAAAGAGGUUGAGCAACCGAGCCCAGUGUCCAUUCUUGAGCCUCCAACUGAUGAAGAUAGUUGUUUUUCUGGAUAUUGCAAGUAUGAUCUGCAAGACAUGGCUAAGAAACAAACAGACAACCAUCAACUUCGUGAUGAAUCUGAAGUUUCCAUGUCAAGCGAUGAUGAAGAUCAUUCUGCUUACCAAUUUUUGGAAGCAUUUCAGGUUGAGGAAGACAGGGACUUCUCAUAUCUCCUCGACAUACUUAUAAGCUCUGGUAUCAUAGUCGCUGACUGGCAACUCUUGUGCAAGUCAUGGUACUCACCUGGUUGCCCUGUUGGCCCUCAUGUCUUCGACAGGCUUGAGAGGAAGUACAAUAAAAUUGCUACAUGGGCAAAACAUGAAAGGAGGCUUCUGUUUGACCUUGUGAAUUCUAUCCUUUCUGAGGUUCUUGCACCAUGCAUUGAUGUGCACCCAUGGGUGCAGUCUAGUAGACAUUGUGGGCCUCUUUGGGGCCCUGAAGGGCCUGUUGAGAAGGUUUGGCAGAUGAUUGUCAAGCAGCGGGAAGAGUUGACCACACGGCAUCCUGAUGAGAUGGUUCUUGAUCCAAACUGGUCAGAACUUGGUGAUGACAUCAACAUGGUUGGAAAGCAAGUAGCCAGGAUGUUAUGUGCAGACCUCUUGGAAGAAGUCAUAGUGGAGUUCCUCUGAGGGUAGUCUCAUGAGGACCCAACUGAGAACUUUGUAAUUGUAACAGAGUACUAGGGCAACAUGGGGUUCGCGCAAGCUUCAUGCAGAUUAUGCUGGAAGCCUGUAAUGUCAUUACAAAUGCACAUAUGCUGCAUUUUUCUUCUGGUUUAUGAUAGGAGAUGCAUAUCAUAUGUCAUUACACUGGAGAGCGUAAUAUACAGGCCAAACGCUCGUGCAGGUAUGACUGGAGUAACAGAAGAUGUACUAUCCAAUACUUACGUGUGUAGUAAUCUAGAAAUGUGAGCUUUCAGUAUACCUUUUCUUGUUAUCCAGAUUUCAGAUGUAACCAAUAUUUAGGAUCCAGUUGUUCCUAUGUCCAGCACAUAUUAGAGGAUGAUAACAUCUAAAGGCAUGUAAUCGCCAGAAGCAGAGUAUUCAAAUAGGGUAAUAAGACGUGAGGAUCUGAAAAUAA